UUUUCAAUCAAGUUCAGAAGAGUUGGAGGGGCAAUAUGAUAUUGCCAUAAAUAUGGGGUCCCAAAUGCAAUUAUCUAAGUUUUCCAACAAGUUUUGGAUUUCUUUUUUUUGUGGCUGUGAUUGACCAACCAGUAAAAGUUUAAAAUCAUGGGCUGAAUCUUCUUUGAGAUGGAGAAACUAGAAACCAGCACCAGUUUUCCAGGGCUUAUACAAAUACCAUGUAAAGGGAAGAACUUAAUAUACCAUUACAUACAAUAUGGCUUCUUUAACAACACUACCACCAUCUGUUGUUGUGAACCAUAAGAUUCCUCCCACUGUGGCUUUGCUUCAAAUGUGCUGCAACUUUCAUGAGGUAAGACAAGUUCAUGCCCAGUUGGUAGUCUCAGGACUCCUACGCCGCCAUCCCAACGGCGGCAGACUUAUCGAGUCUUACGUGAGAGCCUCACACGUGUACUAUGCCAUGUCUGUCUUUGACACAAUUCCUUCUCCUGAUGUAUUUGCCUACAACACCAUUAUCAGAGGACUCAUGCUGAUAAAAGACCCUCAUAGCUCGCUCUUAAUGCUUAAUAAACUGUUGCUAAGUGGCCUCAUCCCGGACAAUUAUACUUACACCUUUGCCCUCAAAGCAUGUUCCCAACUCAAAGCUCUUUGUCCAGGUAAGCAAGUCCACUGCCGGAUGAUCAAGGCUGGAAUAGCAGCAGCAGCCAAUACUUACACUCACAGUUCACUCAUACGAAUGUAUACAAGCACAGGUUGCAUGGAUUCUGCAGAGCUUGUUCUUGCAGAGUUAGUGUCCACACCUGAAAACACUGCUAGUACUAUUGUUGCCAAGAAUGCCAUGAUAUCUGGGUACCUGAGUCAGGGUCAUGUGGAUAAGGCCAGAGCCAUGUUUGACAAAUUGGUAGCUAAAGAUGUUGCUUCUUGGAGUGCUAUGAUAUCAGGGUAUAAAGAUAAUGCUAUGUAUGUUGAAGCCUUGAGCAUCUUUGGAGAGAUGAUGGCUUCUCGAGUUUCGCCAAAUGAAUCAACGCUUGUGAGCUCUCUGUCUGCCUGUGCUCAUUUGGGAGCACUGGACAAAGGAAGAUGGAUUCAUUCGUAUGUGGAUAAGAAUGGUGGUGAUGAGAUGAGUGUUACUCUUGGUACUGCUCUGAUAGACAUGUAUGUUAAGUGUGGCUGCCUUGAAUGUGGUUAUCAAGUCUUCGAGGAGUUAUCUCAUAGAGAUGUAGUUACAUGGGGAGCUAUGUUAUCUGGCUUUGCAGUGCAUGGGAAGCCCCAAGAGUGUUUUCAACUGUUUGAUGAGAUGGUUUCUCAAGGAUUCCAACCCAAUGGAGUUGUAUUUGUGGCUAUUUUAACAGCUUGCUCCCAUGCUGGCUGCGUUGAAUUGGGACAUCAAUAUUUCCAUCAAAUGGUGAAUGACUUUGGAAUAGUACCUUCAAUUGAACACUAUGGCUGCAUGGUAGACCUCCUUGGCCGUGCUGGGCGGUUGGCAGAAGCAGAAGAUCUCAUUUCGGCCAUGCCAGAAAAGCCUAAUUCGAUCAUUUGGGGUGCGUUUCUCAGUGCUUGUAGAACAUACAAGGACCUAAAGAGAGGGAAUGUUGCAUUCAGACACCUGACCGAGCUAGAACCAAUGUCCGGUGAUCGGUACAAGCUUGCAGGGCUUAUGUUUCAAAAUGCUGGUGAAAAGGAAAAUGCCAACAUGAUUAGGAAGUUCAUCAAUGAAAAUGAUCUGGAGACAACCCGUGGAGUGAGCUUCAUUGAAAUCGAUGGCGUGGUGAACAAGUUUGUAUCCGGCAGUGUUAAUCAUGACAGAAGUGAAGAUAUCUAUACAGUAUGGGAAAGUCUACAGAGAUUACUAAAGAUAGCUAAAUCUGAAGCUGAGAAACAGUUGGAGUAUACAUUCUCAUAAAUAGUUACACCACAAGUUCCAUAAGCAUUACAACCUU